AUGCUUCCAGCCUCAGAUGAUGCCCUAUUUUAUCCUUUCGAAGUAGACGACUAUGUCGGCUGGCAUGGACCUUUUGACCCUGAAAACCCUAUGAAUUGGCCAAGGUGGAAGAGGCUAGGCCAUGUUGCAUGGGUCAGCAUUAUCAUCUUCCUAGUGAAUGUCUCAUCGACCAUGUUUGCACCUGGAGCAGGUAGAUUGAUGGCAGAUUUCCACCAGACAAGCUCAACUAUUGGAACAUUGACCGUCAGUAUCUUCCUCCUCGGCCUCGCUCUUGGCCCCUUGGUCAUUUCGCCCUUCUCUGAACUUUACGGCCGACUGUAUGUUUACCAUGUUUCUGUCGCAGCUUAUAUUGCGUUCAUUUUGGCUUGCGCAUGGAGUGAAGAUAUCACCUCGUUUCUUGUUUUUCGUUUCCUUGCGGGCUGUGCAGGCUCGUCGCCAUUAACUAUCAGUGGUGGGACCGUUGCAGAUGUUAUCCCAGUCGAGCAGAGGGGUAUGUCCAUGGCCAUGAUGGCAAUCGGGCCAAUUCUUGGACCGGUAGUUGGACCUGUUGCAGGGGGCUUUGUUUCACAAAGCUUGGGUUGGAGAUGGACAUACUGGAUUGUAGCAAUUGCUGCUGUAAUAUGGCUUGUAGUUGCCAUGAUUUUCAUGCGUGAAACAUACGCGAGAACCUUACUGGAACGCAAAGCUGCACUACUUCGCAAAACGACCGGCAAUCCAGCACUUCUUGUAAAAGGCCAUGAGCAACUAUCGCCACUGGUCCAUCUUACAAAUGGAUUGGCGCGUCCUGUGAAGCUACUACUAUUUUCACCAGUUGUGCUUCUGUUAUCGAUCUACGUCGCUCUCAUCUUCGGUCUAUUAUUUUUAUGCCUCAGUACAUAUUCCACGGUAUUUAUAAAACAAUACCACUUUACAAUUGGGACUUCUGGACUGGCUUUUCUUGGGCAGGGAACUGGUAUGCUCACUGGCCUCAUUAUGUUUGGAAUUCUGAGCGACAAGAUUUUGAAGGCCAAAGGGGCAGCAGGACAUAAUGGACGGAUGACUCCAGAGGAUCGAUUACCUCUGAUGGUGUACUUCGCCCCUGUCCUUCCCAUUGGCUUCUUUGUGUAUGGAUGGACUGUGGAGACAAACGUUCACUGGAUGGCUCCAAUCAUUGGUACAAGCUUCAUUGGCAUUGGCGCAUUAUUUGUCAUGCUGCCAGCACAAAUAUACCUUGUGGAUGCAUUUGGAGCUGAAGCCGCUUCUUCAGCACUCGCAGCAAACACCCUACUUAGAUCUCUCUGCGGCACGUUGUUGCCUCUGGCUGCUCCCCACCUCUUUGGUGUUCGCGCCGGUGCCAUUACUAUUUUAUAG